UUCAUACUUUCCAGCAUAUUUCUGUCGUGUCCAGCUAUAUUUCUUCGUCGAUACUAGAGGAUAGUGUGCCAUAGAUUUUGUUACAUAACGUUGUUUGCGCUUACGAACAACACGCUGACACUAAUCCAUACACGCUGUAAAUAAAUACAAGCAUACGGUUAUUGAGCUGAAAGCUGGUACCUCGCUCGGCCUGUCGGCCCAGUCGACGGGCUAAUUUAGUAGAAUGGCAACCCUAGCGGAGAGUUUCCUGGCGGAUCUGGAGGAUCUGUCUGAGGAUGAGCCGGAGCAGGAGUCGGAGGAGCCAGAGGAGGAGGCGGAUGAUGGGAUGGAUGACAUCGAGGCGUUGAACUUUGAUGACCUGUCGGCGGUGGCAAAGCUUACCAGCGAGCACCGCUACAAAGACGUACUGCAGCGGGUACGUGCCGCGCUGGAGGGCGCCUCCACAUCCGCAGACGCCCCCGCAGGAGCAGGAGAGGAGCGGCGAACAGCGGGGCCCCUGGAGGAGGACCCCACCUACAAGCUGCUGGUGGAGUGCAACCGACUGGCGGUUGACAUCGACAACGAAAUCGCUGUCGUACACAACUUCAUCCGCGACAAAUACCGACCCAAGUUCCCCGAGCUAGAGUCCCUGGUGCACCACCCGCUGGACUACGCGCGUGUGGUGCAGCGCAUUGGCAACGAGAUGGACCUCACGCUGGUGCCGCUGGACGACAUGCUGCCGGCCGCCACUGUCAUGGUGGUAACCGUGACAGCAACCACCACGUCAGGCAAGCCGCUGGACGACGAGGCGCUGGGUCGGGUGAUGGCGGGCUGCGACAUGGCGGUGCAGCUGGACGAGGACAAGCGCACGGUCCUGCAGUUCGUGGAGAGCAAGAUGACGCAGGUGGCGCCCAACCUGUCCGCGGUGGUGGGCACCGAGAUCGCCGCCAAGCUGAUGGGUGUGGCGGGCGGGCUGCUGGCGCUGUCUCGCAUGCCCGCAUGCAACGUGCAGGUUCUGGGCGCCAAGCGCAAGACGCUUGCCGGCUUCAGCUCCACCACCGCGCAGCCGCACCAGGGCUUCAUCAGCGGCUGUGCCAUCAUGGCGCAGACGCCGCCCUCGCUGCGGAGCAAGGCGGCGCGGCUCAUAGCGGCCAAGAGCACGCUGCUGGCGCGAAAGGACGCGUACGGCGAGGACCCCACGGGGGUCUACGGUGCUGAGAUGAAGGCGGAGGUGAUCCGUAAGAUCGAGAAGUGGCAGGAGCCGCCGCCGGCCAAGCAGAUCAAACCCCUACCCAUUCCAGACGCAGAGGCCAAGAAGCGCCGCGGCGGUCGGCGGCUGCGCAAGAUGAAGGAGCGGUACGGGCUGACGGACAUGCGCAAGGCCGCCAACCGCAUGAUGUUUAAUGAGGCGGAGGAGGAGUUUGUGGACGGAGACGAUACGAUUGGUCUGGGUGUGCUGGGCAAGGAGGGCAGCGGGCGGCUGCGCAUCGUGGCCUCGCAGCAGAAGCAGAAGCUGAGCGCCAAGCAGCAGAAGAAGUUCAAGGCGCGCAUGUACGGCAGCAGCGGCGCCACGUCGGGGCUGUCCUCCUCGCUGGCCUUCACACCCGUGCAGGGUAUCGAGCUGGAGAACCCCUCGGCGCGCUUCGGCACGGAUCUGGACACCAAGGAUGGCACGCAGUCGUACUUCAGCCAGUUUGGCGGCUUCAGGUCCGUGAAGAAGUAAUGCGGUUGCUGUGGGGUGCCAGUUGGAGCUGGCUUGAAGGCGCUGGGAAGGGGGAAUAGUAGCCGGGAAACGGGGCAGCUGGUGCUGCGCAAGGUGUGCAACAGCCAACAUAGCAGCCGACGAGGGGCAAUGGGCGAAGGGAGAGGGGCUCGACUUGCAACUGGACGACGAUUUCGCAGGCGUUGUU